AGGUAGUAGUAGUCUAGUAGAUAGUUAUUAAAAAUAUCUCAUUUAAUAAUUUGUUUCUUUCCUCCUUCACAGUCUUUCACCUCGUGCCCACGCUUCUGAGAGACGAGGCGAUUCACGGCGCUCGUUUUAUCUUUUCCAGCUGCAAAAAACUUCCUCCAUCGCCGCCGAAUCACAGAGAAUCGUGAGGGAUUAGUACAAAUGGCGCCGCGUAGAGGAAGAAGAAAGAAGGGAUUGAUGCGGGAGGAUGCGGCACGUGAUGCAAUGAGAGCAUAUGGAUUUGAGGAGGGUGUUAUCAAGGUCUGUAUCAAGGAACUGUUAGAGUUGUAUGGUGGGGAAUGGUUUCUGAUCGAAGAGUUUAGUUACUCGGUGCUUCUAAACAAAUGUCUUGAAAAGCAAGCAGAACUAGACAAUAACGUGGCUGUAGAAGAAGAAGCAAUGGCUGAGGAACAUAACGUAGAGAUGGCUCAGGAAGAACAAGACAAUAACGUGGCUGAAGAAGAAGAAGAAGAAGAACAAACGGCUCAGGAAGAAGAAGAAGAACAGGAGGAGCAGGAGCAGCAUGUUGAGUAUGGAAGAGACCAUGUUGGUAGCAACUCAGCAUCUUUGGUGGGAUGUGGUGCCGAGACAGCUUUUUCAUUAGGAGAAGCAUCAGUAAUAGAUUAUGCAUCACCGCCAGUAGCUUUUCACUCAUCAGAUUAUGCGCACCAUUCGGUUGGAGGUGCCAAAAGCUGUGGAUGGCUAAGUGAUGAGGAGGAUAGUGUUGUUGAUGAUGAUGAUGAGAUGAUUCAGCUGACUCUAGAACCGCUAUGUGAAGAACUUAAAGAGCUGCUGAGGGAAGUACGUGGAGAGGAGAAGAAGAGGAAGAGACCCACAAGGUGGGACACCUAAGGAGUCAUGAGCUCCUGUAACUAUCAUUGAAGUAAAGAAGCUAAGAAGUUGGACUAAAAGAGUAACUAGUCUUGGCAGUAAAAACGGUUAAAGAACCCAUCUUUACAUCUUUGUGUGGGUCUUCUUGACUAUUAGUUUAUGAUGUAAUCUAUGCUUGUGAUGUAAAACUGAGUAUUAUUUAAAGACUGAGUAUUAGUUUGUGAUGUAAUCCUCCUAUAUAUUAAAUGUUAAGUUACUUUUGUUUAGUAGUCAUCA